AUGGAGUUAUUCCGGGUAGUUAUAUUCCAGGUAGCAUCUCCACAGAUACACUGCGUUUCGUCCUUUUACCAAAUAGCUCAUAAAGUAAGAGCUACUUUAGGCAGUGGACCGGUCAUAGCGAAUGCCUCGUGCCCUGACAUCAGCAACAACACGCCCCCCCUCCAGCCCAGUCCUGUAGGGCUUUGCAAUGAUCCUCUCAGCGUCCUCUGCAGCUGCAUCACGGAUGCUAAAGAUAUAUCCGGUAAGGAAAAGCGUAUCUGGUACAUCACAGGUAUAUCUGAUACGGAAUUAGUGAAUCAGGAAUCCUUACCGUCCAAAGGGGAUAUUGCUUGCACGGAGGAGGAACGGGGAGGUCGAGGGAAUUACCCUACCCCGGUGACCCAACCCGCCUCCAUGCCAUCCCUUGACCCGGCAUCCCAACCCACCCCACCUCCGCGCUGUCCCCUGCCCUGGUGUCCCAACCCAUCUCCCCGCCAUCCCUGGCCCGGCGGCACAACCCGACUUCCCACCGUCCACUCCCCUAGUGGCACAACCCGACUCCCAGCCGUCACCUGCCCCGUUGGAUCAACCCGCGUCCUCAACCCUAACUCACUGUCCCCAGCCCCGGCGGCUCAACCAGCCGUUCCCUGCCCCAGUGGCCUAACCUGCUGUCCCCUGGCCCGGCAACCCACCCGUCGUCCCCUGGCCCAGCCACCCAACCUGCCUCCGCGCAGGCCCGUGCCCCAGCAGCCCAACCCGCCUCCAUGCAGGACCCUGUCCAGGCAGCCCAACCUGCUUCUGUGCCUGCCUAACCCGCCUCUGCGCCAUCCCCUGCCCUGGCAGCCAAACCUGCCACCCGCUGUCCCCCUGCCUUGGCAGCAAAAACCUGACUCCCUCCCCGCUGUCCCCUGGCCCUGGUGGCCCAACCCUCCUCGCAGAAAAAAAACCGUCCCGUCCCGGCGGCCCAACCCGCCUCCUCAACAUCCCAGGCCAGAGGCCCAACCCAUCUCCCUGCCAUUCCCUGCCCCGGCAGCGCAACCUACCUCCCCACCCAGCCGUCCCCUGCACUAG